CGUUUGAGAUUACUUCUCGUCUAUCGUCUUGACUGCAUCGUCAUGGCAAAGCAAAAGAAAAAGGGCCAGUCCGGCCAGGCUAAAAACUACAUCACCAGAACCCAAGCUGUUCGGAAACUUCAAAUCUCGCUGCCCGACUUUCGAAGAUUAUGCAUCUUCAAAGGAAUCUACCCUCGAGAGCCGCGGAAUAUUAAAAAGGCCAACAAGUCGGCCACUCACUCGACCACUUUCUACUACACCAAAGACAUCCAGUACCUCUUACAUGAGCCUCUGCUCGCCAAAUUCAGAGAACAGAAAGCCCUCUCCAAGAAGAUUGCACGGUCGUUAGGUCGCAAUGAAGUCCAAGAUGCGGUCCGCCUGGAAAAACAGGCCAUGCCCAAGAUCAAGCUCGAUCAUAUCGUCCGCGAAAGAUACCCGACUUUUAUCGAUGCUCUGAGAGACCUAGACGAUGCGCUUUCACUUCUCUUCCUCUUCGCCAAUCUUCCCUCCACCUCAACCGUUCCCCCAAAGAUCAUUGCACGAUGUCAAAGAUUAUGUCUCGAGUUUGAACACUAUUUGAUUGCCACCAACUCACUCCGCAAAUCCUUUUUGUCUAUCAAAGGCAUCUACUAUCAAGCAACCAUCCAAGGUCAAGACAUCAUGUGGCUGGUUCCCUACAAGUUCGUCCAGAAGGUCACCCAAGACGUCGAUUAUCGGAUCAUGGGUACAUUUGUCGAAUUUUAUUGCACCCUGCUAGGAUUUGUCAACUACCGGCUAUACACCUCAAUUGGUCUGGUUUACCCUCCCAAAUAUGAUGGGGCCAGUGACGACCGAGGUGCCGACCUAGCCGCCUUCACCUUGGAGGGGAAAAGUGUUGCUGCGCCUGAAGAGCAGAAGUCGUCAACAAAGAAGCUCACAAAUGGACACGCCCAGUCAGGCAACUCAGAAGCAUUGCAAGCACAGAUUGACAAGAUUGCAAAGGAGGCCACGCAGGAAGAAGACCAUACACAGCAGGAGGCUGAAGUAGAUGACACUGCGGAUGAGACUGCCAUCGAUGAGUUCACUGUUGCAGCCCCAGAGGGCGACACUCUUCCCCAGCCAGACAUCUCAGGCGACCAAGCAUCGUCCCUCUUUGCGAACCUGACCGUCUAUAUCUCCAGGGAAGCCCCUCGACAUUCCAUUGAGUUUCUCCUGCGAGCAUUUGGAUGUAAGAGAAUCGCGUGGGACAUUGUUUCUGGCGACGGUGCCUUCACACAUGACGAGACCGAUCCUCGCAUUACACAUCAGAUCGUCGACCGACCCAUACCAGCGCAGGCCCUCCCCGCUGUCCAAGGGGCUGACGAAACGGGUGAUCAGAAGACUCAAGUCGUCAAACCUGGAUAUAUCAUCCCUGGGCGGCAAUAUGUUCAACCACAAUGGGUUUGGGACAGUGUUAAUGAAGGCAAACUUCAACGCACCGAUCUGUAUGCUCCUGGUGCGACCCUUCCUCCGCAUUUGAGCCCAUGGAUCAAGCCAGGUGCCGGUCAAUACGAUCCUCGAGCGACCCUAGAGGAACAAGAGCUUGAAGGCGAGGCUGACGACGCAGCGGAGGCACUUGAAGGCGGAGAAGUGGAUGACGACGAAUCAGACCAGUCCGAAGCCUCGGCCGACGACAGCGAUGUCGACGUCGAUGAAUCAGACUCUGGAUCCGUUGAUGCUGGCGACAUGGACGUCGCAGCCACCGAUUCGGACUCGGACGACGACACAAACGAGUCGUCAGCGUCGUCAAUAUCCGGCGUCAACGUCGAUGACCAAGUCUCCGAGGACGACUCAGACCUAGAUUCCGAAACACUGCAUCAGAAAGAACUAGAAGCCGAAGCACAAGGCAAGGCUCUGCCACUAAACUCGGCAUCAGGCCAACAAGACCCGCAACGCGCUGCUCGUGCCAAGGCCAAGAAACAGCGACAGGCCAAACAGACAAAGCAGCAAGAAGAGAUUGAACGUCAGAAGAUGAUGAUGAGCAAUAAGAAACGCAAGCUAUACGAGAAGAUGCAGCAUGGCAACCAGAAACGUGACCUCGAGGCCGAGAAGCUGCGUGCCAAGAGGAGAAAGUUGGAGCGUACUGCUGCUGGCGGUGCCAAUGCGAAGAAAUAAGUCUUGAUGCGUUGUUUUCCUCGCGGGAAUUUUGCAACAUGGGGUAGCUCUUCAGCUGUUCCUAGAACGAGAAGUCGUGCUGAUCCAUGCAUACAUGGCGAAUAGGGACAAAAAUGGGUGAUUAUAGGCAGCGGUCUCUUGUCUUCAGCAGUUGGAUUACAAGUCCAACAUCUCAGGAAUUACGUUUCCAGGUAGAAAAGUCGCUUCGGUAGGGCAGGC